AUGGCUUUACCUAAUAAUGAAGCCAAAAGUGUCAUGGGAUUCUUGAAAAAGAACAUAUUUACUCGUUUUGGUACCCCAAGGGCAAUAAUCAGUGAUGGUGGUUCUCACUUUUGCAAUAAAGCCUUUACGGGAUUGAUGGAGAAGUAUGGAGUCAAGCAUAGGGUGGCAACCCGUAUCAUCCUCAGACAAGCGGACAGAACUGAUUGGGCCCAUAAGCUCGAUGAUGCUCUAUGGGCUUACCAGAUUGCCUUCAAGACUCCGAUUGGGACUUCACCAUUCAAGCUAGUUUUUGGGAGGGCAUGCCACCUACCAGUUGAACUUGAGCAUAAGGCCAUGUGGGCCUUGAAUAAAUUGAACAUGAAUUGGGAAGAAACGACCAAACUCAGGUUAUUUCAGCUUAACGAGAUGGAUGAGUUCCGCUAUCAGGCGUAUGAAAGUGUAGCGCUAUAUAAAGAGAGAAUGAAGCAGUAUUAUGACAAGAAAAUCCUGAAGCGGGAAUUCUACAAGGGUGAUCCCGUCUUAGUGUUUAAUUCUAGAUUGAAGCUACUUCCGGGCAAAUUAAAAUCACGGUGGUCAGGUCCCUUUGAAGUGGUAAGUGUCUCACCCCAUAGAGCUAUUGAAUUAAAGUUCGAAGACGAAACUCGGACAUUUAAGGUGAACGGGCAGAGGGUGAAGCACUACCAUGGUACGAUUGACGGAGAUAGAAUUGUGGACCGAUAUCGGUUGAAGCACCUUGGGACGAAUGCUGACUCGGAGAGUCCCAACCAAGAGUAA